AUGGCGGAUGCAGAUCCCAUCGCCCUCCAACUGCCGUCCAAGUACGCAUCUGGAGGGCCGACGGUCGCAUCGACGUCGGCACCGUCUCUCGAGUGGCUCGCCCGCACCUGGACCGUCACGCACUCGACGCUCUCGAUGUGGCGGUCCGCGCGAAACGUGCGCAUCAGCUACAAGCCGUUGCCCCCCCGGUCCGACGGCCGUCAGCGCAUCGACGAUCGAGUCGAGUAUGAGCCCAGCAGCGAGACGGGCGUGUGCAAGACGGUCGAGGGCGUCGACAUGCAGGCCGAGGCUGGCCGCGGCCAGGCGUGGGACUGGCGCGGUAAAUCCUGGCUCUUCUUCGUCACCAGCCAUUGGGAGCUGCUCGGCUGGGGCGAGGAGACGACGGCCGACGGCCAGACGGAGCGCUGGGCCGUGACCUGGUUUGCGCCCACCAUCUUCACCAAGGAGGGCCUCGACAUCUACUGCGAUCGCCGGGAGGGUCUCAGCGAGGCCACGUACGCCAGAGUGUACCGGGCGUUGGAGAACAUGGACGCAGCCCAUGUAGCUGCCAUGGUGGCGACGCACAUGCGGCCGGUGGAGAUUAAGCUGCCUUGGACGGAGAAGCCAGCAAGGUGA